AUCUACUUCACGGUGGUGAUGGACGACAGCCACGAGAUCGACUUCCGCUGUGCCCAGGAGGACCCGGGCUGGAACGCCGAGAUCACCAUGGGUCUCGUCCGCUUCAAGAACCAGCAGGCGAUCCAGGUCGUCCGCGCCCGGCACAGCUGCCGAGCAGUGGUGCAGUUCGACACAGGCCCGGUGGGACAGCCCAUGGACAUGCAGCAUCCGAAGAGCAGGAUGGAGAUGGCCGUCGGCUCAGCAGGUGGUGGGGAGAACGGGAUCCCGGCGGGCAAAUGA